GGUGUCUCUCGGCCUGGUCUUCCUGGCUCCCCCGUGCCGAGGGUGGAGCAUGCGCGGAUGCAUGCCAAGCACCGUGGUCACGAGGCUAUGCAUGCCGAAAUGGUCCUCAUCCUUAUCGCCACGCUAGUGGUGGCACAGCUCCUGUUGGUUCAGUGGAAACAGAGGCACCCUCGCUCCUACAACAUGGUCACCCUCUUCCAGAUGUGGGUAGUGCCUCUCUAUUUCACGAUCAAGCUGUACUGGUGGCGGUUCCUGGUAAUCUGGGUGCUCUUCUCAGCGGUCACAGCUUUCGUCACCUUCAGGGCAACUCGAAAACCUCUGGUACAGACAACGCCCAGGCUGGUUUAUAAAUGGUUUCUACUAAUAUACAAGAUCAGCUACGCCACUGGAAUCGUAGGGUACAUGGCUGUGAUGUUUACACUUUUUGGUCUUAACUUAUUAUUCAGGUGAGUGAAUCUUUCGGGUCCCACUCCUGGGGCGGGGGAUGUAACACGCCGUGUGGAAUAAGGCAAAACAGUUGUCUUAGCAGUCUG